AUGUUCAACACUGGCAACAUCUAUGUUAUUUCUGCUGUCGCUGUCAUUGGCGGUGGCCUCUUUGGCUUCGACAUCUCGUCGAUGUCAGCCAUUCUAGGUACCGACCAGUACAAGUGCUACUUCAACCAGUAUGGUCCGGGUCAGUGUGGCGGUCCCCGGCCUUCUGUGCAGGGAGGUAUCACUGCCUCCAUGGCCGGCGGUUCAUGGCUGGGAGCUUUGAUAUCAGGGUUCGUCUCUGAUCAUCUUGGCCGAAAGAAAGCCAUCAUGACUGGAGCCAUCAUCUGGAUCAUUGGCUCUGUAAUCACUUGUGCUUCUCAAAAUAUCGCCAUGCUGAUUGUGGGCCGUGUCAUCAACGGUCUGAGUGUCGGUAUCUGCUCAGCUCAAGUGCCAGUCUAUAUCUCAGAAGUUGCACCCCCAACUAAACGUGGUCGCCUGGUCGGAUGUCAGCAAUGGGCAAUCACUUGGGGUAUCCUCAUCAUGUUCUACAUAUCAUAUGGAUGCAGCUUUAUCAAAGGCCCGGCUGCUUUCCGAAUUCCAUGGGGACUGCAGGCCAUCCCUGCUGUUCUCUUAUUCUUUGGCAUGAUGCCACUCCCAGAGUCACCACGAUGGCUAGCUCGUAAAGACCGCUGGGAUGAGUGCCACCGGGUUCUCACCCUGGUUCACGGCCACGGUGACCCAGACUCCCCAUUCGUGCAGCGUGAAUUUCAGGAGAUCAAGGACAUUUGCGAGUUUGAAAGGGCAAAUGCCGAUGUCUCAUAUCUCGAGCUCUUCAAGCCUAACAUGAUCAACCGUACCCAUAUCGGCGUCUUUACCCAGAUUUGGAGUCAAUUGACCGGUAUGAAUGUCAUGAUGUACUACAUCACAUACGUCUUUGGAAUGGCUGGUUUGACCGGAAACACCCUUCUUGUGUCCAGCAGCAUCCAGUAUGUCAUCAACGUCGCCAUGACAGUUCCUGCACUUCUCUGGAUCGACCGCUGGGGCCGACGCGGUCUCAAUGGCGUCGAGGCCGAGUCCUGGGAGAUCACCGGUGCCCCCAGCAAGGCUGUCAUUGCAUGCUCGUAUCUCUUCGUUGCCUCCUUUGCUCCCACCUGGGGACCCGUUUCCUGGAUCUACCCUCCGGAGCUAUUCCCCCUACGUGUGCGUGGAAAAGCCGUUGCCCUUGCUACCUCGUCGAACUGGGCCUUUAACUUUGCGCUUGGUUACUUUGUGCCCCCGGCCUUUGUCAACAUCCAGUGGAAGACAUACGUGCUCUUCGGGGUAUUCUGCGCUGCCAUGUUCAUCCAUGUCCUCAUUAUGUUCCCCGACACUGCAGGCAAGACACUAGAGGAGGUAGAAUAUAUGUUCACGGAUCCAGAGGGUACUAAAUACAUCGGUAUCCCAGCCUGGAGGACGAGUAGCAGCUUCCACCAUGCCGCCCGGCUGGAGAAGACUGGCGGUUCAGAUAAGCUGGAGUCCAGCCACGUGUAA